UCAGGUCACAACCCCGGAAGUACAUACUCCAUUUGGUCCUCAGAAAUGGCGGCGGCAGCGACUAGAGCUGUGUUGUUGCCAUCUGCUCGGCGGCGACUCUGGGGUUUCACCGAGAAGCUUCUGGUCCAAGGUUCAGUCGGGCGGUCAUAUUUUGGAGGGAACAGGUGGAGAAGUGCACAGGCUGCUACACAAGUUGUUCUUAAUGUUCCUGAAACACGAGUGACAUGUCUGGAGAACGGACUCAGAGUGGCCUCUGAAGACUCUGGGCUCUCUACAUGCACAGUUGGACUCUGGAUUGAUGCUGGAAGCCGAUAUGAAAAUGAGAAGAAUAAUGGAACAGCUCACUUCCUGGAACAUAUGGCUUUCAAGGGCACCAAAAAGAGAUCCCAAUUAGAUCUGGAACUUGAGAUUGAAAACAUGGGUGCUCAUCUCAAUGCCUACACCUCCAGAGAACAGACUGUAUAUUAUGCCAAAGCAUUCUCUAAAGAUUUACCAAGAGCUGUAGAAAUUCUUGCUGAUAUAAUACAAAACAGUACAUUGGGAGAGGCAGAGAUUGAACGUGAACGUGGAGUAAUCCUUAGAGAGAUGCAAGAAGUUGAAACCAAUUUACAGGAAGUUGUUUUUGACUAUCUUCAUGCUACAGCUUAUCAAAAUACUGCACUUGGAAGGACUAUUUUGGGACCAACUGAAAAUAUCAAAUCUAUAAAUCGUAAGGACUUAGUGGAGUAUAUAACCACACAUUAUAAGGGUCCACGAAUAGUACUUGCUGCUGCUGGAGGAGUUUCCCAUGAUGAACUACUUGAAUUAGCCAAGUUUCAUUUUGGUGACUCUUUGUCUACACACAAAGGAGAAAUACCAGCUCUGCCUCCCUGCAAAUUCACAGGAAGUGAGAUCCGAAUGAGGGAUGACAAAAUGCCUUUGGCACACAUUGCAGUUGCUGUUGAGGCUGUUGGUUGGGCACAUCCAGAUACAAUCAGUCUCAUGGUGGCAAACACACUGAUUGGCAAUUGGGAUCGUUCUUUUGGUGGAGGAAUGAAUUUAUCUAGCAAGCUGGCCCAGCUUACCUGUCAUGGCAACCUCUGCCAUAGCUUCCAGUCUUUCAACACUUCCUACACAGACACAGGAUUAUGGGGAAUCUAUAUGGUGUGUGAACCAGCCACUGUUGCAGACAUGCUACAUGUUGUUCAAAAAGAAUGGAUGCGACUUUGUACAAGUGUCACCGAAAGUGAAGUAGCACGAGCCAAAAAUUUACUGAAAACAAACAUGUUGUUGCAACUUGAUGGUUCAACUCCAAUAUGUGAAGAUAUUGGUAGGCAGAUGUUAUGCUAUAAUAGAAGGAUACCCAUCCCUGAGCUUGAAGCAAGAAUUGAUGCUAUAAAUGCUGAAACAAUUCGAGAGGUGUGUACCAAAUAUAUAUAUGAUAAGAGUCCAGCUGUUGCUGCUGUUGGUCCCAUUGAACAGCUACCAGAAUUUAACCAAAUUCGAAGUAACAUGUGCUGGCUUCGUGACUAAAGUUCUCCUAGUUGAAAAACAAUGAGGAGAUACUAAUGUAUAUAUAUUAAAUAAUAUUAAAGACCUGUAAAUUUUAA